AUGAACGCCUUUCUGCAAAAAUUUUACGAUGAUGCCAGGUCUGAGGAACUGAGACUGAAAAUCUUGACAUUCUCUCAAGGACAUACUGAGGCAUUCAAAGCUGUUUGGGUGAGAUUCAAAUUGUACCAGCGAGACUGCCCCUAUCAUGGCUUCAGCAAUGUGCAGCUGUUAGGUAUUUUCUUCAGAAGUGUUGAUUGGAGGUAUAAGAUGGCUCUUGAUACAGCGAGCAAUGGAAACUUCAACACCAGAUACCCAGCAAAGCUGUUGUACUCAUCGAAAACUUGGCAUCUAGCAAUAAUUGCUGAGGUGAAGGCUAAGCUUGACUCUGUGCAUAGCCUUCUAGUGGGUAAGAAGUCUGUCAGAUUCGCACAGGAAGUGGAGAGUUUCGAACCUGAGGAUGAAGCUGAGGAGGAAGAUGUCAACUUUGUCAAUGGAUCAGGGUUUCAGGGUCAGAGGUUUGGUAAUCAGCAAGGUAACAGAAGCUACAGUGGAAACAAUCAGAGGAGCACCUUCAACAGUAAUCAGAACUUCUCUGGUUACACGCCUAUGCCUCAAUACCAGAAGCCUUAUUCCAACAACAGUUUUUCCAGAAACUACAGCACUCCUUCAGCUCAACCUCAAACUCCUGACAAUGAGGUGAAGUCUAUGUUGGAACAGAUUCUGGAAGGACAGCAGAAGCUCACCGUGGACUUCAAUGGAAAGAUCGAUGCUCUCUACCUUGAUCUGAAUGGAAAAAUCGAGGCUUUGAACACCCAUAUGAAGCAGCUCGAUACGCAGGUUGCUCAAACUGCAGGUUCUGUUAAAAGGCAAGAGGGUUUUCUUCCUGGAAAGACUGACACCAAUCCGAGGCACCACUGCAGUGCCAUCACGUUGAGGAGUGGUAAAAUUUUGAUUUCUGAGCCUAAAAAUUUUUCUCCAGCUGCUGAGGUCGUGGAUUUGGAAGAUCUUGAAGAAGUUUCUGAAGUUGCAGAGCCGGUGUUGAGUGACACCACAACCAGUGUCACGCGUCACCAAUCGCAAAGCAAAGCUGAUAUUGCUCCAAGACCAAAAUCUGCUGAGAAAAAGGUUUACAAACCUAAGGUUCCUUACCCAAGGAUCCCUAGGAAGUCCAAGCAAGAGCUAGAUGAUGCACAGUGCAAGGCUUUGAUGGAAAAGCUUGUGAUUGAGAUACUCUUGGUUGAUGCUGUGAAAAUCACUCCUGUUAUCAGGCAUUAUGUGAAGCGAAUGGUGACCAAUAAUAUCAGCCAUGAACAGGGAGUGAUGAUGAUUUCUGAGCAAGUCAGCGUUGUGAUUCAGAACAGGAUUCCAGAGAAGUUGUCUGAUCCAGGAAGCUUUGUCUUGGAUUGCUCCAUCUUCACGGAGAGAUUCAAGAGAUCGCUGUGUGAUCUGGGUUCAAGCGUCAAUCUCAUGCCGUAUUCAGUCGCUGUCAAUCUCGGCAUGACUGAUUUCAAGCCAACAAGGAUCUCUCUUAUCCUAGCUGAUCGAUCGACGAGGACACCUGAAGGAGUGCUGGAAGAUGUUUCAAUCAAGGUUGGAGAUUGCAUGUUACCAACCGAUUUCAUUGUCUUGGAGUAUGGAGAGGAACCUAAGGAUCCUCUUAUCCUUGGGAGACCUUUUCUAGCGACUGCAGGUGCUAUCAUCGAUGUGAGGAAGGGCAGAAUUGCGUUGAAUGUUGGAGAUUUGGUCAUGAACUUCGACGUGGACAAGCUGAUGAAGAAGCCCACCAUCGAUGGUCAAAACUUCUACGUCGACACACUCACAGGCUUCGCAGAGGAGAUGUUCCAGGAGAUGCAUCCUGCAGACCCACUGGAGAGAACCCUGAUCUCGUCUGCAUCUGAAGCAGAGCACCUGGACGAAAUUACAGCAUCAUAUGUCAAGAUGCUGGAUGCAAGCGAGCAGGUGAUGCAGUUGGUGGCUCAAGAGGAACCGAUAGAAGUUCCUGCAAAAGCCAAAAAGCUCAGCGAUUGGAGUGAAGAAAAAGCUUCUAAGCUUGAACUCAAACAGCUUCCUGCAGGGUUAAGGUAUGCAUUCUUGGGACCUAAUUCUACUUAUCCUGUUAUUGUUAAUGCUUCCUUGAACAAUGCGAAGCUCACUUUACUGCUAAGCAAGCUGCGCAAGUUUCGCAAAGCUCUUGGCUAUUCUCUUGAUGAUAUUUCUGGUAUCUCUCCGGACCUGUGCAUGCAUCGUAGAGAUAGCUGA